CAAUCACUUUCUUUUGCCAACACUUAUCUUUCCGUCUUUUUUCCCCCUUUUUUUGGGCCACUGACUUUGUUCUGCACUCCAUGACCUCUGAAAACAAGCUUGAAAGCAUUCCCGUAGACCAGCAAGGAAGCUUCUCGUCCUUUCUUAAAACCCUUGCCUCAUUCACAGGUGACCUUUCCAGCUUGACAUGUCCCUCGUUCUUGUUGGCCCCCAUCUCUCUCCUGGAGUACUCUGCUUUCUGGGCUGAUCAACCUUCAUUGCUCUCUGCUAUUAGCAGCUCGGAAAGUGAAGAGGAACGAUUCUAUGCGGCUGUCAAAUGGUUCAUCUCCUCUUUGAACGGCUCCUUCUCCAGCCGUGUGCCCAAGGGUGAAUGGGAAAAGAAACCUUUCAAUCCAAUUAUUGGUGAACAAUUCCAUUGUUCUUGGGAAGAUGGUACAAGAAUUGUUUGCGAACAAGUAUCGCAUCAUCCUCCCGUGUCUGGAUUUUACAUCGAGAAUCAAAAAGCCGGUGUGGUCGUCAAUGGUCAUGAUGGUCAAAAGACGCGUUUCUCUGGUACUCAGAUGCUCGUGGAUCAAAUUGGUUACUGCACUGUGAAACUCACCCAACUUGGCGAAACUUAUUUGUUCACCCUCCCAUCACUGUCUGUGAACGGUAUCUGGUAUGCUGCUCCUUAUGUUGAAUUGUACGGUACUUCUUAUGCACAAUCCUCCACCGGUUAUCAUGCGGCGAUCGAAUAUUCUACCAAGGGCUGGAUUUCUGGCGAGCUUCAUCACUUCAAAGCUUCCAUCAGUCACGAAUCCCUUGCUGGACCUACGGUGAUUGAAGGUCAAUGGACGGGUAAAUCCACGAUUACGAAAUACAAGCAAUCGCCCGCUCCUUUCUUGGACAUCAUGGCUUUGGAAAAGUCGGAAGCGAUCGUGAAACCCAUUGCUGAACAGAACGAACUGGAAUCGCGUCGUGUGUGGCAAAAAGUGUCAGAGGCCCUCAAGGCCGGUGAUUAUCCUAAAGCAUCCGCUGAGAAAUCCAUCAUUGAAAAUGAACAACGCGCUCUUCGCAAGGAACGUGAAAAUAACAAUGAGAGCUGGGAACCUCAAUAUUUCAAGGCCAUUUCCGGUAAAGAAGAAUACGGCGAUCUUCGGGAACAGAUCUUGGCCAAAUCCGAUCAUAAAUUCGUUGAUACCAUGGGUGGUGAAGGCGGUUGGGUUUACAGAGAUUUGAAAGCUUAACAGGAAAUAGGGGAAAAAGAACGGUUGUUGUUGUAGUUGUUGUUUUUUGAAUUGGCUUAAUACAUACGUAU